CGUAGGACUUUACAUAGCGUUAGCGGUGGUUGGAGGCCUCUUGAUGUGCAUCGGUGUUGUAUGCGUGAUAUUGGUACAUCGGAGGAUCCAAAACUUUCCUGUGCCACAAGAGGCAGAUUGUGAUGUUCAAGUGAAGAGGUACAACGAAGACAUUAUUUUACAUGUUGACCAGGCAGAAAACCAGAAAGAAACAAACGUGCCAGCGGAAUGUGCUUGUGAAGAUAACGGAAAUAGGAGUGGCCAGGCCAUUUAUGGCCAUUUUGAUGAUGUUGACAACACAGAAAAGAACCAGGAAAAUAUAAUUUACGAAUCACAAUUGACGGCUUCCUGCAAUACUCUGAAACAGUACAUCCAGGGCAACGUAGUGGGAGGAGAUUAUUAUGAGGACGUUGACAACACAACAACGAACCAGAAACAGAUCCCUGAAUCACAAUCGACAGCUUCGUGUAAUUCUCUGGAACAGAAUAGCCAGGACAAGGGAGUCGGCGGAGAUUAUGAGGACGUAGACAACCCAACCCAAUCGACAGCCUCAUGUAAUACUCAGGAACAGUACAGCCAGGGCAAGGGAGUCGGCGGAGAAUAUGAGGACAUAGACAACACAGCAAAAAGCCAGGAAGAUAUCUCUGAAUCACAAUCGACGGCUUCUUGUAAUUAUAGUCUGAAACAGCGCAGCCAGGGCAACGUAGUCGGUGGAGAUUAUGAGGACAUGGACAACACAGCGGAUGUCAAGGAGCAACCGGCAGGACCAGGAAAGGUUGAAUCUGAAAGAUGCAUCAAGGACAUCAUACAGGAUAAUGCAUAUGAAACAAUGUCCAUCGGAGAGGGUUAUCGCAGACCAGCGUCCAUUUUACAGCUUUGUCCCGAGACCAUCCUUAAAACUGGUGAUAUUUAUGCGAAAGUGAAAAAGUAAUGAUAUCACCUUAUUGACUUUGGAAUGGGCUGAUCAGUGCGAGACUGCAUCUGAUACAUGUAACAGAGCCAAAAUGUGCAUGGAACUCAACAUUGACAGCACUAUUUAUUUAUCUACAUUCCACCAUACUGACGUGUAGGCCUCCUGCGCCGUGUGGAAGUUCAUACAACGUGAAGCGAAGGUCAAGUUACUGUAUAAUCAGAGACAUGCUAUUUUGAUUUAAAACCGUUGAUGUGAAUGGUUUCUUAUAUAAUUCAAUCACUGUACAUACCCCUUUAAACAAGGAACAAUGGCGCUUGAAUAAUGAUAUAAUGCGCUGGGAGAUUGAUGCAGGUAUAUGUGUGACAUUUUCAUUUUUUGCCUUAAAUAGUACACAUUUCACAUCUAUCAAGUUAAAACAUGUGUAAAUAAUGUAUUGUGUUCUGAUGGUCACCUAAUCCUUUUCACCCACUGUGAAUAAUGUUACUUCGAAGAAUUAAAUUUUAUUGUUCAUU